AUGAAGAGGUUCGAGCGAUUUCAGAUCGAUGCUCUAGAGGUGGCGUAUGGAGAGAGAGAUCAUCUGUGUAGAGAGAGAAAGGCUGAGCUAGCGAAUCAAACAGGACUGGAUGUGGAGCAGGUUACGAGCUGGUUUAAUCGGAGGCGGAAGCGGGAUAGAGAAAAGGAGAGGAGGAGGGUGUCGGAACAGAGAUGUUUGGAGCUCGAGGAUGCUUUGCGGGAGAGCAGAGAGAGAGAAGCGAAGCUUGAGCAAGAGGUUGAAGAGAGCAGGAGAAGAGAGAAUGGACUUAGGGCUGAGAUUCGGAUUUUAAGAGACGAAAUUGGAUGUUGCAUGGUGACACGGUUCGGAUUCUGA